GGGGACGCCCCUAAGAUGGCGGGGCAGCCCCGCCUCAGGGGCGGGGAGAGGGACGGCGAGGGAAUGUCGGUCCUUGUAUCCCCUCAGCAGGUUGUCUAAAAAUGGCAAAAUCUGUUGCUUAAUAUGAAGAAGAGCAGAGGUCGGACGGGUCGAAAGAGAAGAAGAAAACACUUGAAGAGUUUUAUGGAUGGAGUCAACUGCAGUCACAAGCUGGAAUACAUUAAACUUAAGAAGUGGCUAAAAGAGAGAGGCUUUGAAGACAGUAAUUUAAGGCCAGCAGAGUUCUGGGAGACAGGAAGAGGAUUGAUGACAACAAAAGCACUUCAGGCAGGAGAUCUGAUUAUUUCAUUGCCUGAGAAGUGUUUGCUCACCACUGGCACUGUCCUCAGCAGCUGUUUAUUUUGCUUUUCCAACAGAUGGAAGCCCCCCGUGUCUCCUUUGCUGGCACUGUGCACGUUUUUGAUAGCAGAGAAACACACUGGGCAGAAAUCUCCAUGGAAACCCUACCUGGAUGUUCUCCCCAAGGCUUACACUUGCCCUGCUUGUUUGGAACCUGAUGUCAUAAAUCUUCUCCCAAAACCCUUAAAAAAGAAAGCUCAGGAGCAAAAAAUGCUGAUCCAAGAGCUGUUCCAAUCUUCCAGAGCUUUCUUCUCUUCCCUGCAGCCUUUAUUUGCUGAGGACACAGGAAACAUUUUUAAUUUCAGUGCUUUGCAGUGGGCUUGGUGCACUGUAAACACCAGGACAAUCUACAUGAAACACCCACACAGGGAGUGUUUCUCCCUGGAGCCAGAUGUUUAUGCACUGGCACCAUAUUUAGAUUUGCUAAACCACAGCCCAAAUGUUCAGGUCAAGGCUGGGUUUAACGAGCAGACAAGGAGCUAUGAAAUUUGGACAGAGUCACAAUGCAAAAAAUACCAGGAAGUUUUGAUCAGCUAUGGACCUCAUGAUAAUCAGAGGCUGCUGCUGGAAUAUGGAUUUGUUGCCAUGGACAACCCUCACAGCAGUGUUUAUGUCUCAGCAGAUACUCUCCUCAAAUAUUUCUCACCACUGGACAAGCAGAGAGAGGCCAAAGUUUCCAUUCUAAAGGAUCAUGAUUUCCUAGAGAACCUGACCUUCGGCUGGGAGGGACCAUCCUGGAGACUCCUCACAGCCCUCAAGGUGCUGAGUCUGGCAGCUGAUGAAUUUGCCUGCUGGAAGAGGAUCCUGCUUGGUGAUGUCACUUCAGCCAGGAAUGAACAGCAGGCUUUGGGUACAGCAACAAAAAUCUGUCAGUUUUUAAUAGAGGAGACCCAGCAUGUCCUUCUCCAGAUUUCCCAGUUGAAAAGGGACAAAGAGAACCUCAAAACCCACCUGGCUUUGGUGGAAAUGCUGCGCUUAGAAGACCUCAAGAUCCUUCAGAAAUCAGCUGAGAUUCUUUGCAACUUGAAUUUAGGAACAGCUUGAGCUCCCUGGAGCUGUGACAGCUGUAAUUGGUCAGGGAUUAUUGCCAGAUUAAUACUCUUUUAAUGGACCUGAGCAGCAAAGAAUAAUUAAAAAAUUCAUCAUAGUAAUUUUGUUCCUUGCUGACCUUCACACAAAAGGUUCUGCUGAAGUGGAGAGCUCGAGCUCCUUGGUUUGGAGAAAAGAGAAUUUUUUUAAAAGGGCAUUUCAGGGCAGGACUCUUAUUUAACCUGCAGAAACUUUAUUUGGAAUUGGGGUUCUCUUGUGAUUAUUAUCCAUGAUGUGAUUUUAAAAAGUGCUUAUUUUUAUAAAUAUAUUACUUCAUUUUCUACAAGACUUGUCUGUUUUAUUUUUCUAAAAUCCUUUCUGGAGAUGGAUCUCUAUUUCUUAUAUCCUCGAGGUGAAUUUACCUUAGAUUUGCCUAAAUUGUGUUUUUAGGUCACUUGCCACCAUAUUUUACACUCUAAUCAGUCUCAUUAAGCCCUGAUCAGUUUAGAUUGGAUAUCAGCAAUUUUUUUUUCAUGGAAAGGGUUGUAAAACAUUGGAACAGGAUACCCAGGGAAGAGUCACCCAUCCCUGGGAGUGUCCAAAAAUGUGGAUGUGGCACUUGAGCACGUGGUCUGAUGGUGACCGUGGGGUGAUGGUUGGACUUUGAGCUUAAAGUCUUUUCCAGCCUUAAGAUUCUGGGAUUUUCUGGCUCUGAAGUGCCUCCAGAGAUUCCUUUGGAUUUGGGAAUGCUGUUCUGCUGGGAAUUCUCACCAGUUUCUCCUUGUCCUCCUGUGCCUGCCUCAGCCCUGCCCCUCUGACUAUUUGACCUUCCUUUAAUAAACCCCUUUUCUUUCUCUAACA